AGGGGAGGAGACAGGGAAGAGUCCCGCCUCCCCCCUCCCUCCCUCCCAUCUCCAGCCUGAGUCAUGCCCCCAACCCGCACAGCCUGUUCCCCACCCAUCAACCCCUCCUCGAGGUGGGAGGGGAAGUCGGGGGGAAGCCAAACUGCUCCCCGCUCCUGCAGCACCGGCCUCGGUCGCGCUGACUCUGGCCUGGUGUCCGUGUCUCUUGCUAUCUCUCUUUCUCUCAAGAUCUCUGCGCCUGUCUCCAUGUCUCUUUCUCUCUGUGCACCUAGGAUUUUCCGAGCACCCACCCCGGUGCCCCGCGGGCCCCGGCUGGGGGCAGGGCCCCCAACGCGUGCAGAGACACAAUCAGUGGAGCGCUCCCCACCCUCACCCCACCCCCAGCCCCUUUAGACCCACAGCUGAUGAGGCACGUGGAGUGGCAGAGAUGGAAGAGGGGAGGGAGAGGAAUCGUUCCUGGCCGCCUGCCGAGUGCCAGUCCCUGCCCCGGGUGCGUCUCUUCACUCCCGCUAAGGAGGAAACGGCUCAGAGAGGGGAAGUGUUUGGCCAAGGUCACCCAGCGAUUCAGCCGGCUGCAGGGGAAGUCCCGGCGCCCGGCGAAACCACCCUCCCGUGCAGCCGAGCCCAGCCGCUCUCCGGCCGCCGUCCCCGGCGGCCCCAUGCCCCGAUGCCCCGCGGGGGCCAUGGACGAGGGGCCCGUGGACCUGCGCACCCGGCCCAAGGCCGCCGGACUCCCGGGCGCCGCGCUGCCGCUCCGCAAGCGCCCGCUGCGCGCGCCCUCCCCGGAGCCCGCCGCUCCCCGCGGUGCUGCGGGCCUUGUCGUCCCCCUGGACCCUCUGCGCGGCGGCUGCGACCUGCCGGCGGUCCCCGGGCCCCCCCACGGCCUGGCCCGGCCGGAGGCGCUUUACUACCCGGGAGCCUUACUGCCUUUGUACCCCACUCGGGCCAUGGGCUCCCCGUUUCCUCUGGUGAACCUGCCUACACCCCUAUACCCCAUGAUGUGCCCCAUGGAACACCCCCUUUCUGCUGACAUCGCCAUGGCCACCCGUGCAGAUGAGGACGGAGACACGCCUCUCCAUAUUGCUGUGGUGCAGGGUAACCUGCCAGCUGUGCACCGGCUGGUCAACCUCUUCCAGCAGGGGGGCCGGGAGCUCGACAUCUACAACAACCUACGGCAGACACCGCUCCACCUGGCUGUGAUCACCACAUUACCGUCUGUGGUCCGGCUCCUGGUGACAGCUGGUGCCAGCCCCAUGGCGCUGGACCGCCAUGGCCAGACGGCCGCUCACCUGGCGUGCGAGCACCGGAGCCCGACCUGCCUGCGAGCCCUGCUGGACAGCGCAGCUCCGGGUACGUUGGACCUGGAGGCCCGCAAUUAUGACGGGCUCACCGCCCUGCACGUGGCAGUGAACACCGAGUGCCAAGAAACCGUGCAGCUCUUGCUAGAGCGCGGUGCCGACAUCGACGCAGUGGACAUUAAGAGCGGCCGCUCCCCGCUCAUCCACGCCGUGGAAAACAACAGCCUUAGCAUGGUGCAGCUGCUGCUGCAGCACGGCGCCAACGUGAACGCGCAAAUGUACUCCGGCAGCUCCGCCCUGCACUCAGCGUCCGGCCGCGGGCUCCUCCCGCUGGUGCGCACGCUGGUCCGCAGCGGCGCCGACAGCAGCCUCAAGAACUGCCACAACGACACGCCGCUCAUGGUGGCGCGCAGCCGCAGGGUCAUCGACAUCCUGAGGGGGAAGGCCACCCGUCCUGCUUCCACCUCCCAGCCAGACCCCUCCCCUGACCGGAGCGCCAACACCUCCCCCGAGAGCAGCAGCCGCCUCAGCUCCAAUGGUCUUCUCUCCGCAUCACCAUCCUCCUCACCCUCCCAGUCUCCCCCCAGGGACCCCCCUGGAUUCCCCAUGGCUCCUCCUAAUUUCUUCCUUCCUUCCCCAUCUCCACCCGCCUUCCUGCCCUUUGCUGGGGUCCUCCGAGGCCCUGGCCGGCCGGUGCCCCCCUCUCCAGCUCCAGGAGGCAGCUGAGGGGGAUGGGGGGGCAGAUCUUGGACUCAUGAGGAGGGGCCCCCCUGCCCUGUGGGGUCAACCCUUCUGGAAACUGUGAAGAUCUCACUCUGCCCCCCCCCAUCUUCGGGACCAGGAUUUGCACAGAAGCACAUGCACCUACCCAUACACCCCCUCUUCUGAGCACAGAUGUUCCCCCAUCUCGCUCCCUCCCAGGACUCUGACCCCAGCAUUCUCAGGCACCAGUCCCUGUCCGGAAUGCCACCCACAUCUUCCAUUUCCAUGUCCCCUCCCAGAGCUGGUGGACCCAGGGAACAGCCACUCCCCUCCACUCUCUACCAGAUAAAACUGAGGAGGGGAGAGGUGGGCCGUAACGGGCACGGAUCACGAUGUAAAUUAUUAAGCAUUUUGGUUGGAUUUCUUUUGUAAUAAACUAUUUUUGUACCAUA